CACCCCUCCUUGACACACACACACAGCCGGGCAUUGAUGGUAAUGUAUGCGAGGAAACAGCAGAGACUCAGUGAUGGCUGUCACGACCAGAGAGGGGACUCGCAGCCUUUCCAGGCACUUAAGUAUUCGUCCAAGAGUCACCCCAGUAGUGGUGAUCACAGACAUGAAAAGAUGCGAGUCGCUGCAGAUCCUUCACCACCAAAUAAAAUGUUGCGGAGAUCUGAUAGUCCUGAAAACAAAUACAGUGACAGCACAGGUCACAAUAAGGCCAAAAAUGUGCACGCUCAAAGAGUUAGAGAAAGAGAAGGUGGGACCAGUUACUCUCCACAAGAAAAUUCACACAACCACAGUGCUCUUCAUAGUUCAAAUUCACAUUCUUCUAAUCCAAGCAAUAAUCCAAGCAAAACUUCAGAUGCACCUUAUGAUUCUGCAGAUGACUGGUCUGAACAUAUUAGCUCUUCUGGAAAAAAAUACUACUACAAUUGUCGCACAGAAGUUUCACAGUGGGAAAAACCAAAAGAGUGACUUGAAAGAGAACAGAGACAAAAAGAAGCAAAUAAGUUGGCAGUUAAUAGUUUCCCAAAAGAUAGGAAUUACAGAAGAGAGGUGAUGCAAGCGACAGCCACUAGUGGGUUCACCAGUGGAAUGGAAGACAAGCAGUCCGGCGAUGCCAGUAGUUCGCUCCCACAGAACAUUUUGUCUCAGACAAGCAGACACAAUGACAAAAACUACAGACUGCCAAGAGCAGAGACUCACAGUAGCUCUGUGCCAGUACAGCACCCCAUCAAACCAGUGGUUCAUCCAACCGCUACCCCCAGCACUGUUCCUUCUAGUUCAUUUAUGCUUCAAUCUGAUCACCAGCCAAAGAAGUCAUCUGAUGCUAAUGGAGCAUCUGCUUUAUCCAAACUGCCUACACCCACAGCUUCUGUCCCUGCACAGAAAACAGAGAGAAAAGAAUCUGCUCCAGGAGACAAAUCAGUAUCACAUUCUUGCACAACUCCUUCCACAUCUUCAGCCUCUGGCCUGAACCCCACAUCUGCACCUCCAACAUCUGCUUCAACAGUACCUAUUUCUCCUGUUCCACAAUCACCAAUACCUCCUGUACUUCAGGACCCAAAUCUUCUUAGACAGUUGCUUCCUGCUUUGCAAGCCACGCUACAGCUUAAUAAUUCUAAUGUGGACAUAUCCAAAAUAAAUGAAGUUCUUACAGCAGCUGUAACACAAGCUUCCCUGCAGUCUAUCAUCCACAAGUUUCUUACUGCUGGACCAUCUGCUUUCAACAUCACCUCUCUGAUUUCUCAAGCUGCCCAGCUCUCUACACAAGCCCAGCCAUCUAAUCAGUCUCCGAUGUCUCUAACGUCUGAUGCUUCAUCCCCAAGAUCCUAUGUGUCUCCAAGAAUAAGCACACCUCAAACAAACACAGUCCCUAUCAAACUUUUGAUUAGUACUCCACCUGUUUUGUCACAGUCAAAGGUUAGUACUCCAGUAGUUAAGCAAGGGCCAGUGUCACAGUCGGCCACACAGAAGCCUGUAACUGCUGAUAAGCAGCAGAGUCACGAGCCUGUCUCUCCUCGAAGUCUUCAGCGCUUAAGCAGCCAGAGAAGUCCAUCACCUGGUCCAAAUCAUACUUCCAGUAGCAAUGCAUCAAAUGCAACAAUUGUACCACAGAAUACGUCUGCUCGGCCUGCGUGUUCAUUAACACCUACACUAACAGCACACUUCAAUGAUAAUCUCAUAAAACAUGUUCAGGGGUGGCCUGCAGACCAUGUAGAGAAACAGGCAUCAAGAUUGCGUGAAGAAGCCCAUAAUAUGGGAAGUGUUCAUAUGUCAGAAAUAUGUACUGAAUUAAAAAAUUUGAGAUCUCUAGUUCGAGUAUGUGAAAUUCAAGCAACCUUGCGAGAGCAGAGGAUACUGUUUUUGAGACAACAAAUUAAGAAACUCGAAAAGCUAAAAAAUCAGAAUUCCUUUAUGGUUUGAAGAUGUGAAUAAUGGCACAUGGAAUCCUACAGGAACUCUAAAUCUAUUGCCCAGUCAUAACAUUUUGAGCUACAUUUAAGUAGACUGUGGACCGUUAAGCUGGGCAAAUGAAAUGACAAGGGGACGGGGGUCUGUGAGAGUCAAUUCAGGGGAAAGAUACAAGAUUGAUCUGUAAAACCCUUGAAAUGUAGAUUUCUUGUAGAUGUAUCUUCAUGUUGUAAAUAUGUUUUGUAGAGUGAAGCCAUGAGAAGUCAUGUGUAACAGAGCUUAGACAUCCAAAACUAAUCAAUGCUGAGGUGGCUAAAUACCUAGCCUUUUACAUGGAAACCUGUCUGCAAAAUUAGCUUUUUUAAAAAAAGGAAAAAAAUUGGGGGGUUAAUUUAUCAUUCAGAAAUCUUGUAUUUUCCAAAAUCCAGUGCAAGUGCCAGGCGAUUUGUGUCUAAGGAUACAACUUUGAGCAGUGUACAGAUAUCAUGAGACAACUGUUCCGCACUUGCACCUGAUCAAGAGCAGUGCUGCUCCA